UUUCCACACUCUCAAACAUUGUGCUUUAAGGUAUUGUAUUUGACCAGAAUUGGCUCAUAGAAUUAAAUAUUCCUAUAUAAUAUUAUAUAUAUAUAAAUUGGUUUUAUCGUUAAAAAGACAUUUAAGUGAAUUCUCAGAAGGAAGUAUACAAAAAGCCGCUUAAGUGCGGUGAUGGACUUGUUGAAGCAAUGGACUGAGCAAGCUAAAGAGGCCCUUACGGAAGCUCGCAAACUUUGCGGUGAUGCCUAUGAAUACAAUGAAGCCUCGAAAGAUUGCUUGAGAAACUCUGCUAAGCAGCAUCAGCAACUAAAUGAAUUGGCAAAAUUAACAGCCUCACAAUGUGCGAGACUCGAUUCUUCUACUUCUCUGAUAAAGCAGCUUCUAAAUCUUGUACAGAAUCAUCCAACAUUCGGUCAAUUGAACGAUCUUCACGAUCGCUUAGAAUCGUCCUUAAAAAGACUUCGAGAAUGCGUCUUGGAUCCAGCCUUAGGAAGUGAGUAUCCUAAUCUCUAUUCGUUUGUUGAUGAUGCAGCAUUGGAAGAUCUGAAGACAAGGCUUCGGGGAGUUACAGAUGGUGUAUGGAAUGCGUAUGAAAAACUUUCUGGAUUAUUGGAAGAAGACGUAUGCGAACGUUACCAUACUGCCCUCAAAGCGAUUUCGUUGGACUUCUUACCUCCAGUAAAUAAUGAUUUAGCGGAAUCUCUGGCUGAUUUGCUUCUUCAAGUAGCGCAACAUUUCGACCAGUGUUCAGAAGCUCUGACAAUUUAUUCCGGCCUUUCUGAUGUUGAAAAGAAAGAAUUAAUUGAGGUUUUACGAUAUGAUUCAAAUCAUGUUCCGGCCGUAUUGGAGGAUCUUCGAACCGGCCUUGAAGAAACGAAGGCUUAUCAUUUGACUGUUUUGGAAUACAAGCAAACCGUGGAUGCAAGUGCGAAAAGACUUGAAGAGCUUGCAGAAGAAUUAAACAAAAAUCAGCUUACAAAUCGGCGUCAUGAAGCAGCACACGAACUUAUGAGUGCUCACACUGGUUUGGAAAUACCUCAGCUAGCUCAAGAAUUGAUUCAACUAGAAAGGCACUAUACCCACUUUGCUAAAGCAUACCAUCUUCUUCUUCAAGAAAUACAUAGGCGGCGGGCUUAUGAAAAAAGGGUUCGCUCAGUAGUCGACGAUCUUGUGUACAAGCUAGAACAAGAACAGCAGAUUGAAACGAAAUCGAGAAUUGAUUUUUGCACACAAUAUGGUGAUUACUUGCCUCAAACGCUGUGGAAUGCAGUUACCGACCCACCUCUGCAUUUCGAAAUUAUAGAGCAUCAGUAUACUGAGUUGCCAAAUGUUAAGAUACCUUCCGAAAAGAAGCUAAAAAAAGAUAAAAAUAGCAAUAACCACUGAAGAAAUAGCGAAACGAGAUAUGAUAAUGAUGCCUUCUACGACUAUUCACUCUAGACUCCUUUUUAUUGUCAAAGCCAUAUACAGAAAGUUCUAAUUAUUAACUUUUUUUUCUUAAUUUUAGUAUCCGAAAUAGAAUAACAAUGUAUUAUUAUAUCCUUUAUCCACUACCCAAAAAUAAACAGAAACAAACAAAAUAUAAUCAAGCUUACUUUUUGCGACCUGUUUGUUUCACUUUGCGCUUUUUCUCAUAUUUUGAUAUCUUCGUUUUCCUUUUCUCCGCUUUUUCUUCUUUUACUUUUUGUUUGCGAGCGCGUUUUUCUUCUGCACUUUCUUUUUCACGACCGCCAUUAUCUUUACUGGCAUAAUCAUCUUUCUCGAAAGAAUUAGAAUUGUUUUCAUCGUCUGAACCAGACGCGUCUGAGGCUUCGCUUUCUGAAGCGGAAGUUGGGUCAUUGUUGGGGUAUGAAGUAUUCGUAUGCUCCUCACUACUUUCUUUUACACCAGUAUUCAAUAAAUGUUUAUAUACUAGACUUUCUCCACGUCCUUCCUCUACCAACUGGGUAUCACGAUCAAUAUCGUAAACUUCUUCCAACGUCCGUGGUACAUAUGUUUUCAAAAACUCUUCUUCGUGAUCUUCAUCGGGAUCGUGGUCUCCUUCCCUAAGCUCUUCUAAACGUUUUUUCAUAUCUUGUUUUUCAACGCUGCCAUUUUCAGUUACAAACUUAAAUAGACUUGGCAAGGACAAGCAAUCUGCUUCAAAGCGCUUGAAAAAUGAAGUGACAUUCAAGAUAUCCAUUCUCAAAAACUCGAAACUUCCAGGGUGAUCAUGCUCGACAGAUUGAGAAACGUCAAUCAAAAAAACUUUUCCUUUAUGAUAAAGCAUAUUGUACUCUGACAAAUCGGCAUGUACAAGAUGGCAAACUUGAUACAUUAUACGCAUGUAUCUUGCAACCAUACUGUAGAGCUUUGUAGCCUCCUCCGCAGUAACGUCUACAUCCUUUAGUUUUGGAUAAGGCCAACCCUUUUUGUCACCCAAAAAGGACAUUACUAAAACAUGAUGCUUUAACAGAAGGGGCUCAGGGGAAGGAAUACCUGCUGCAUAGACUCGCUUCAAAUUUCUAAUUUCUUUUUCCGCCCAAACUCUCACCAUCUUUCUUGGAUUUCUUUUGUUGUAGCCAUGGCGGAAGCGAAAUUCACCAGAUACAUAACGGUCUCUAUCUUUAAAUACAAGAAUUGAGGUUUUGAAGAUUUUGACAGCGAGAUGUUUCCCUUCCUCGUUGACAGCAUGAUAAACAUUUGCCUCUUUACCGGUACUUAUACAGCCAUUAAUUUCCGAAAUAGUUCCAUUGUUAAUUAAUUUUAACAGAAUAAUCCGAGUUCGAGG